UGUUGUAUCGAGCAACAGGACAAGGGGUAAUGGGAUGAAGCUGGAACACAAAAAGUUCCACUUAAAUAUAAGAAAAAGCUAUUUCAGUGUGAGGUGAUGGAGCCCUGGCACAGGCUGCCCAGAGGGGGUGUGGAGGCUCCUUCCUUGGAGAUCUUCAAGACCCACCUGGACAUGUUCCUAUGCAACCUGAUCUAGGUGAACCUGCUUCUGCAGGGGUAUUGGACUAGAUGAUCUCUAAAGGUCCAACCCCUACCAUUCUAUGAUUCUGUUUCUUGCAAUGCUUCAUUUGAGAUGCCACGGUCACUUCGAGAGCAGUUUGCAGCCUGUAACGCUGCAUUUCAGCAGAGCGGAGGCAAAAGGCUUUAUUCUGCAGCUUUCUCUGGUGCUUGUUUAGCAGACUACCAAGAAAAUGUUGUUGCAGUUGUGUAUGUGUUGGUUAGGUGCUGUGAUAGAUGGACAACUCUGGCAAAAGCAAGGGAACAUGAAGUGCCCUAGGAAAAAUAGUACGUACAGAAGUAAUUACCCGUACAAUAACACUGCUUGUACAAUUGAAAGGGGUCAAGGAAUGGAUUUGAAUGGCUGGCACUUGAGUUUUUGUUUGAAAUAACUUGGCAGCUGUGACUCUUUUGGCUUCUUCACCUCCUUUCUUGUUUGUUCAUUUAACUUGGAGAAAGAAAUGUGAUGGGGUUUUUUUUGUUUGUGGAGGGGUGAGGUGGUCUAGUCUUCCACCUCUGAGUUCUGUAGAUGUGCACAUCCACCCCAGGAGAGGCAGACUGAAACCAGGCCGUGCUCUGGUAUCGUGCCAUGAGGUUUGGCCCCUGUGCCUUCUCAUUCCUUAUGAGAAAUUACACCUUUCUGACACGGCUACAGUUUUUACUGUACAUGUUACUUCCUACACUGGUCUUCCUAGCCCUGAUAAGCACUCUGUGUCUUUCUAAAUAUUAGUGGGGGUUUUGUUAAAAGUUUGGGCCAGUUGAAACGAGGUUAUGGUGAGGAUGGAGAGUGCAGGCAGAGGUGUGGUGUUAAGAGCCUUGGUGGGCUAGAGAGAGGGUGCUGUGGGUGAGCAGAGAUACCAGGGAGAGAGACAGAAGAGGCAGGUGUGCACUAGUGGCAGUGAUGAGUUUCAGGGAAGGAUCAAAGAAGAGCAAGUUGCAGAAACAAAGGGAGAGAAAAAGAGAGAAUGAAAUCAUAUGAGUAAGGUAGGGUGGAGCCCACAUGUGAUAUUAACCUGUCGGUGAAAUGGGUGGGAUUGGGCGAGCCAAGUGCCAGCCUUGGUUGUUUACUUGAUGUCCUUCCUGUAACUGAGGUUAAAACCAAGCACCUGUGUAGGGACACAACUAAGAGUAAGGAAAAAAAAACAGGCCAAGUGGUGCUUGCCAAGGAGAAAUGCUGUGAGAAAACAUCUUACUCAGCAUUUUAAGCAACAAGAGAAAGGGUGGGGGGAGUGGGAAGGUGGCCCCACUGGCUCAAAGAUGUAAAAAGUACCAGAGAAGAACUGGGACAGACCCAUCUAGUGUAUUCUGGGUAUGGAGAAGCAGUGAUGACUGCACUGUCUGAUUGAGUCUUUGGUCCACUCCCACAGAGGAAGAAUUGUCUUGACAAAGAAUUGAGAGUGUGUGGAGUGAAAUGAGAACAGAGAUACAGAAACAGAAUGCGACCAAAAGAAACUGGCGUGAGGUGGGACGGGCUUUGGGGGCAGCUGGGAAAGGGAAGAUGAAGAGUCUUUGAAAAGCUUAUGCAGUAUUAGGUGGUUGUGUCUGGGUUUGGUUGUGUUUUGUUGGGGGUUUUGUUUUGGGGUUGGUUUCUUUUUUUGAUUGCCUGUUCCUGUUUUUGGAGCAGUGCUUGAGCACUAGGUGCUUUAAAUGAGAAGUGGAAGUAGCAUAACUAAAUCAGCAGUGAUUUUGUAAAAAACUGUUUUCCUAUAAAGUAAAUUCAAAGUUGAGGAAACAGUGAGCAAAAGCUGGUAACUACUAUAAAAUAUGAGUCUAUGAAUGAAUUCUUUUGGGAUUCCUUAGUGAAAAGUGAUCUGAGAAAUGUGGUGAGCUGAAGAUGGGGUUUUUUUUCCCUUUAAAUUUAAGAGUAAGAGUGCUAAGGUGAAGACAUGAGAAAAUUUGAUUACCAUGAGAAUAAUGGAAUUUGAAAACUGAAAUGAGGGGUUUCAAUGAGCCAGUUGAAUGUGGUUACAGCCUUUAUUAUUUUCUUCCUCAACACAGCAGGGAAAAUGAAGUGCCACUGUGAUUAAAUGACAUUGCAUCAGGGUGAGCCAUUAGAGUCCAUUAGCUUGUUUGUAUAAAGGCCUGGGCCUUUGCUUCUGAAUCCAGGUGGGAGGAGGAAAUACAGACCUUCAGAUAAGGAAGGUAAAUGAGCUGUAAUUAAUGCACAAAUCAUAAUGUUUAUCUUCUAGUGGAUGGAGCCUCUUUUUUUUUUAACUAAAACCCCUCUGUGGUUAGUUACUUGGGCUUCAUGCACCUCGCUUGGAUCCCUGCCCCCCUACCCAGUUGUAUUUUGUUACAUAGGCUUGAGUGAAACGUGGCACUUGACAGGAGUGGUGAUAAGAGAAUUCCUGACAAUCCUUCCCACUGUUCAGUGUUGGAAGCACUUGAAAGCUGAACUUGAAAAGAGUUUUGUCUGGUAAAUACAGGAAAGAUGCAGACUAGAACUCAGUAUAACAUGAGAUUCAACAAGGAUCUGUAUGCAGGUAAUUGUUAAUUUUGUGCUUUGUGAUGUGGUGGUGAGCAACCUGGCUCACUAGUGGUGAUAAUGAUGCUGCUGUUGAGCUGAUCUAGCUUACAGUUGAAAUCUGGCCUCUUUCAGGCUUACUACACUUUAUACACUGUAAGAUUUCCAGGCAGUCCUGUUUGCCUGAGGGCACCAAUCCAAAUGAGUUCAUGUCUACACUGAACUAUUUCCUUGCAGAAUAAUCAUGAAACUAACUUAAGCAAGCAAAGCAGGGCGAGCUGUUUAAUGGAUCCCUUUUACAGAGAGUAAUGCAGGAGGUGUUCUGAAAGGAAGAAAAGCAACCAGCAAGAGCACCAAACAUCAUCAUUCUGAUUCUUUUCAGCCUGUUCUAUGUUGCCCUGUUCCUUGCUGGAUGAAGGUGAGAACUUAGUGAAGCAAAUGCAAUUCUGGAAGCCAAGUCACAGCCAACAUGCCCAGUGCUGUGCAGUGACACAUCUGCUGUUGGUUCUCCCAAGAAGGAAAGUUGAAUAAAGACUGAGUUGGAAAGAGCCAGUCUUGAUCUUAACCUCUCAGGAAUAUGUCAGUGUCUUGUUUUCCUGUAGCUCCACCCCAUAAUACAAAACCUAUGCUGAGAGAUUUAUGGAAAUUUUCUGAACCUGAGGAGUGCUGAAAUACUGAGCAGGUCAGUCUUCUCUUUCGUUGUGCUCAGACAGGGUCUUUAUGGUUGCUAAUCACAGUUUUUAAUAGCUGUAUGGACCCAGCCUGUUCAAAAUAGUGCUCAAAGCACUCUGGCUGGACUCUGCUGAGAGCUGGCUGAGCAGCAGCACCACCUUACUGAGUUUGCACACCAACCUUGUCAAAAGAUCUGGAAUCUGGUUGCAUUUGUCAACAAAAACACAUGUGCCCUGACUGAACAAGGUGAGUUGGACAUAUGCUGGUCUUGGUGUGUUUGCUCUCUUUCCUGUAUUUGUGUAAUUUCAGUUAUCUUUCUCUUUUUCUAAUUGCCCUCCAGCCUGAGGACUUCAAGCCAUGAGUCAUGUGCUUGUACCUCAGCACCCUGCCCUCCUUCCCUUGGCAGCAUACAGCAUCUUUGCUCUCUGUGGAGAACUGUGGAGGGAGGCCUCAAAACUUACCCGUGUAAGUUUAUAGCCCAGAUUUUCUGUUUAGGUCAGCAUCAGCGUGUCUGGUGUGGGGUACAAUUGCAGAGGCCUCUCAAGCAUCAGUCAGUUCUAACUGCAGGUGUAUUGAGUUGUCAGUUUUGUGGCUCAAAGGGAAUUCAUUUGGCACCAAAGUACAGCAAAGAGAUGGGAUCUCCACUUUCGAGAUCUCUUCUGUUGCUGUUGGUUGAGUUCUGUAAAGUUACUGACCUUAGGUCAGGCUCUUCUUUCUGUCUUAUCCUACUGUCUUUCUCAGAAGAGGGCAUUGCUAUGAAUGCAAACUAAGUUUCCUGUCAAAAGAUUUCUCAAGAUAGAAAUUAGCACAAUAUAGAGAGAAUCAGACCUCAAAUUUCUAGGCUUCUUGACUUGAUUUACUUCACAGAAUGGAGUUUUCCUUUAAGCAAGGAGCUGAGUGCCUUGGCAAAGAGGCUCUGGCAGAUAGAAGGAGUUAAUGCCUAGACCAUAGUGAUGCUAGUUUAAGUUAGGAUGGCCAUUGAUAACAGCUUCCAUGGGGUGAGCCCCAUUGCUUUGUAUAAAUAAUGCAUGUCUUGCUAAGGAAGAACUAGAGACUGAUAAGGAUGGAACCUCCUGCCUCCAGGGUGCCAGAGGCCAGAUGAUUGCACAAGAAGCAGUAACUGGGUGUUGUAUGUAAGUACAGCACUGGGGGUACUGUUGAGUUGUGCUAGCUCUGUGGAUUUACUCCCCCAGCACCUGUGUCUGUGCAGACUCCCCCCAAAAAUAAGGCAGUAUCUCGACUGUGUGUAAAUUGCCUUAGUGCAUAUUGGACAGCAGACUCAGUCACCUCUGCUUGUUCAGCUAGAGACCUCUGUCAUUGUUGUCUUCAUGUCUUUGUCCCCUCUGUCCCCUGUUGUCUCAACUGUUGGUGGAGACAAAGUGCUUCCCUGUGCUGUAAACCUGAGAAACAGAAACACCUCUUUGGAUUCACUGGAGUGGAUGCAUUGUCUUCUCUGGCAGAUGGAUUUUGACUCCCUCGGAACAGUCAUAAGUACUUGAUGAUUUUCUGAUGAUUUUCAGUGACACAUCCUUGGACAGUGAAGGGAAGAAACGAUUUGGACAGUGCUCACUGGGAAAUCACCUGGGAAUUCAGGUUUUGGAAGAAAAGACUUCAAUUGGAGCCUCAUUCAAACUGUUUGAAUCAGUGAAGUAAGGGCAGGUGGGGAAAAUGCUGAGCUGCAAAUCAAGCUGUAAAGUUUCUGCUUUUGAGCUUGGCUUUUUUACUGUCACCGCCCUUGGAAUGUGUUUGAACAAAAAGUGCUCUGGGCAGAUUUGGAGAGGGAUUCUACGAGGGUUAGAAAUAAUCCCUAAAGAUCCCCUGUUAGCUUUUAAAGAGAACUGCAGCUUAGUGUUUGUUGCAGCUUUGUUUUUUGUGUCCAUUUCCCCUCUUCCUCCAUCCCUCUGGCUGAGUUUUGACUGAAUUCUGCAUUUUGCUGUUGGUGCUGUGUGAGGGGGUUGUACAUGAUUCAUGCAUUUGUGUUUCUUCACGUGGCUGACAUGUGUCAUCUGUUUUUUUCCCACUACUCCUACCAAUGCCACUGAUACUUUUCCUCCUCCAGAAAAGUCAAUUAUCUGGUGCUGGCCUGAGUUCUGUCUUUUUUGAGGCACGUGUCAUGGGUAUUUGAAAGCCCUCUGUAGAAGCCAUGACUUCCCUUUAAGAACCUUUCAUUUGUACAAUAAAUCUUGAGUUAUAACUUCAGAAAACAGUAUUAUCCUUCAAGUCACUUCUUUCCUGUUUGUUUACCUGUAGGAUCACACCCUUAACGUUUUUCAUGUUUCCUGUUCGUAUUUCCUCAAAUGUUGUAACGUGAGAUGGUUCUCUGUUGUGACAGAGCUGGAAACAGUUGUGGGAUCUAUGUUUGGUCUGUCUACUCAGCCAAAUAGGGAGGCCAGCAUCUGUCCACUCUUGACAGAAAUCAAACCUGAAAGCUCACCUUGUGACCAGAGGCAAGAUUAAAAAUACCCAAUCUUACAACAAAAUGUUCCUGAGAUUUGAAAUACUCUUCAGUAAAGUUAUUGAAGCAAAUAGAAGUGCAGAUGUGUGUGGGAAACUCCUUGUGUGUUUUUUCUUCGUGAAAAUCUGUAUCAGGGUUUGCAUUUCUUGUCCCAUAUUCAAGCAUCUAUCAAUGAUUGCUUAAAAAAAGGGGGUUGGAGGGAGGUUGUGCAAAAUCUUUCAGGUAAGAGCCAGGGUAGGAAAUCAUAGGCUAAGCUGAAGGAACAAAUGACCUUGUUAAGAGGGACCCCUUGUUAUGCACAGUGUGAAGUGUGGGGGUUUUUUAACAUGUAAAACCAAAGGAAUUUGUCUGUUUUCCUUUCCCUUCAGUCUUUCUGGUAAGUGAGGAAACAGAGCUCUGCUUUGGACAUAAGUUUGGCAGCUGCCUGAGACAGAAAAUUCCAUCAUUGUCUUAGUUGUUGACCAUUUUCCUCCUAUGAAAAUAAAUGCCAGAGAGGCCAGUGAAUUGUUCUGUUUGUCUUACAUCUUUUCUUCAAUCUGUCCUACAUGGUUUUGAUGAAAUCCCAGGUGCUCAGUGAUGUUUAGCUGAAGAUAAUGAUGAAAAUAACUGCCAAAAAGAGUUGAAACAUAAGCCAUGCUUGACAAUACCUAGAAACUGGAUGAGUUGCAAGCCAGGCAAGCUGCACAGCCUAGCUUUGUUUGUGCCCUUCUCAUUUCAGAGAGAAGUUCCUUGCUGGAACUAGUCUGAGGAUUUAUUCUUCUUGUUAGAACUGUCAUCUGUAUAAAUAUAACUUGGGUUGUUUUAACUUAUGCUUGAGGAAGAGCUGUACUGGGCCAAACCAAAUGCAGAGUGGUCCUUCAGGCCUCUCAGAGGAGGCACAAAAUGUAUUGGGAGCUUGGGAGAGGCUUUAAUCAUGAUUACAACUUGCUGUUAGGCCACUUUUAAGUGGUUAAUGAUGAGCAACAAAAAUAUGUUCCAGGAUUUUAUCUGUACUUUUUUAACUUGACUGUGUGUUCUGGCAAAUUGCUCUGCAACACAAUUGAGCUCUGUAUGGAAAUGCAGUAUCUAGCACUCCAAGAAUGAGAAGAUGGUUACUCAGCUGUCUCUUCCCUCCCAGUCUGGAGUGGACACAAGUACUAACCUGGCUUCCUUAUCAGAGACAGUAAUCUAUGCCCAAAAGCUUGGAGAAUUGACUUGUGAAGUGGCAACUUCUGAGCUGUGAGACCUGCAUCAACAGCCUGAGCACUACUGAUCUGUGUAUGAUGACACACUGUCUCUCUUCUCCACAUCCACAACCCAUGCAGUAAACUCCUGCACUGCUGCUGAAGCAGCCUUGGCACGGGGGAAAGGUGUUGCCCCUUGAGGAUCCACAGAGCUCGUGGAUUUAGCACAAAGGGUACCUUUGGUUUUUUACUAUCUAUAUCUUUUUGGAGUAGACCAUCCCCAGUGGGUGUUGGUGGUACAGCCAUCAGUGAUAGAACUGAAACCUGAUGCCCAACAGGAGAAAUGGAAAGUGCUGUAGGAAGUUGUUGGUCACAGGAUGCAGUGAACAGAGCUUUCUCUUCCUCCAUGAAAUAUACCUUGAAAUGAUAUGUAUCAGCAGUUCUCAUUCAAUGCUGGUUAUGCAUUUAUUCUCCUCUAGCUUCCUGAUUUUUAAUUCCUGUCCUUUCUUCCUCACAGUAAAGCAAGAGAAACCAUUUCAGCUACAAGCAAAAGAACAUAAAGAGUGAGAAAACUGGGUUCAGAGCUGCUGAGAAGUGAAUGCAACAAAAAAGGGUCAGUUCCAGGAUGCUUCCACACUGACUCAUGGAGCUACUGUGGAGGAGAAGAGUGUCUGAGACGUGCUGUAAAAAUAGAGGUGAAUUGAGUCCUGCAGAGUUAUCUCUUGCACAAGACCCUCCCUGGCUGAGUGUGGAUGGCUGACAAGAGCAGCGUCUCCUGGGGCAGUGCAGGCACUCACAGCUUGGUUGCUUUGGUCUGAGCCCCCCAGAAGUGGUGAUGAAGCUACAGCUUUACAAUCAGUCUUUCCCAAACACACCUCUUCCUGACUUUUAACAUGAACUUUUUUCCCCCCUUCAAAGCCAUGAAGAGCUGCCAUGUUUACUUGGCCUGUUUGUUUUAACCAACCAUACAAGCAUCCUGGCUUACUCCAGGUGGGAUUUUUCUUCUCCUUGGCGAGUUGCUGUGGCUGCUGGCAGCUGUUCAGCUAAUGCAAGCUGUGUUGCUCAGCUGGGCUUUUGCUCCUGAGCUCCUUCACAGCCCAGCCAGCCAGGAGAGUAGGAAAGUGUCAUAGGGCAGAUAUGAGCCAGCUCUUUGGUGUGGCUGCCAUUUUUAACAUCUGGAUUGCUUCAUGUGAAGUCACUAGCAGAAGUAAAAGAGUUCAGGGUGAAGGGAGGGGAAAUUCCCCUUUGAUAGCUCUUCCAGCCUGUUGUUUGAGGACAUUCACGUGUCUGGCAUGGUCAUUUGAACAUCCUGCUGGGAGGAAUUGGAUGUGUUUCUGAUUUUUCUCUCAACCUGACGUUGAAGGUGGUGGCUGCUGCCAGCACAGACCCAGUCCUCACCACUGUGAGCACCCACAAGGCAUCUGGGACUCAGACUUUUCAAGAGAGAGGGCAUCUGGACACGUCUGGACUCUACACACGGACACAGAGCCACAAACCUCUGGGCUGUGAGGGCUAUGGAGAUGGGCUCUGUGCAAACAUGAGAUGCUCUGCAAUCAACAUCAGAAAUCUUCAACAUUUACGUUGCAUAUGGAUCCUAUUCCUUCUCCCACUGAGAUUAAAAUAUGGUGUCCACAGGCUCCCAGGUCAGGAUGAAGAAGGAACUGGGUGCCUUGAUGGCAGCAGAAAGCCCAGAGAAGAACCGCUUUAGCCCUCCUGUGCCACACGUGUUACAGAAAUCUUGGAGCGCUGUGGAUGUGGGGACAAGCUGCUGGCAGGCAGGCUCCUGGGUCGAUGCUGAGGUCCCGCUGUGGUGCUGCAGGUUGUGAUGCUGCCCUGAGGGCCUGUGAGUCCUCUCAGGAAUACCAGAAGGUUAAAACUGGGUCAGUCUCUCCUUGGAUAUUGGCAUAUGUCCCUAUAAGAAGCUGCCACAGAGUCCUGAAAGACAAACGUGGGGAGUUUUCUCCUCCAGCAUACCAUGGUGAAUCCCCCAUAAGCUUUUGGUGCAACUGGACGAUCUGGGCAGGAUCCAAAAAGCACAUAGUCAUUUAUAUUCAGGGCUUUACCACUAAGGAGAGUUGCAACCAAAAUGAGGACAAAAUCCUGUUUGAAGGAGUUUCGUCACUGGUGGAAAGCAGUGUGGUUUAUGCUUGUUGGGAAAAGGAGAUGCAUGUUUUUGCCACCUUUGCCCAGGCUGUCCACGUUGUGCUGCUGAAGAGGUACUGGCCAAACUGCAGAGACACACAAUUUAAAGCAAAGUACUACAUCUUCCAAGAUCAGGAAGGUGAAUCUUCUUCCACAGAUGACGUGGCUUAUGAAACUCCUGCUCCAAAACUAUCAAAGCAAGAUGGUAUUUUUCAGUCUGGAUGGGCUGAAGAACUUAGAGAUGUGCUGGGCUUUGCAACCACACGUAGCAUCGUGAACCUUGGCAAGACCAUGGUGUUGAGCAGUGGAUUGAUGCAGGGAAGAGGGACCAUGCUGGGUACUAUGGCUCUGAGAAGUCCUGUUGAGCUCAACCCAUAUGAAUUAGUGAGGACUCCACCCCUGGAGAGAAAAGCUCCUUAUGUGCUGGGGUCUGAGCUACCAGGAGGUCUGAGGUGCUGCGAGAAAGCUCAAAGCAGAGGAACCCCUGAGGGUAUAAUCCCCACUGCAGCACAGGAUAGCUGGGAGCAGAGUUUCUCUGUGAGUGGGGACGUGACUGUGGGUUUUGGUUACAUGCCCAGGCUUUCAAGUGUGCUUUUGGAAACUCCUUUGCCUGGUGCCUUGCAGGUAGCAGAGCCUCUUUUGCAGCCAGCAGGUGUAGUUCUGGAGAGCAGCCAGUCCAUCCUGCACCCUACCUCGAGGCUGGAAGAUCUGAAUGACCUAAAAUUUAUGAUUAAACCAACAUGCACAAGUCACAUGGAUUUGGCUGCUCACUUGUCAUCUUUGUCCCCUGGCAGAAGACGAAGCCAAGAGAACACAGAUACCACCAUGUCUGGAGGGCUCAGCACAGUCAACUUGGAGAAGGAAGAAAGCUACCCUCAGUCAAACAUCCCAGUGGGGGAUGCUGAUGCCCUUGCCAAGGGCCUGAUGGCCAGCCUGAGUAGCCCCUAUGAAGUGGUAAACAGGGACUACUCACAUUUGCUGCCUGAGAAAAGCCAAAGAUGCCAAAGCUGUUCUAGGCAUUUGCCCAUCACUCAACCUGAGCUGGAAAAAAACAGCCUCCAAUAUAAGAGGCUCAUGGAUAUUUCCUCCUUGGAAAGUUUUAGGGGAGUUGUCAGGGGGGAAACAGCAUUGCAUCCCACAGCACCGUGGGACAUUCUGCAAGAGCAUCAUCAUUUGCGUGGCCAGAGCAGUCGUGUCCUGCACUCAGCCCUUACAGACCAUGUGAGCCUUCCCCAACAUGCCCAAGCACAUGUCAGUCCAGCUGCUGAGAAAGCUCAUGGGCCUUCCUUGGGUGUAAAAAGCUGCUGCCACCAAAGUGACCAAGCUGCACAGCCAGGGCUGGUUGUACCCCCUUUGUCAACCAGGCUGGAGCAUCCUUCCACUGCCAUUUCCACCCUACGGACAGAAACAGUCCCUGUGCUGGUUGUCUCCUGCACAGAACCUGUCCCUGCAGACUUUGGCUCUACUGAUGUCAUCCCUGAACCACCUCUUCCUCUGGGUACAGAGCCUGUGUCCAAGGUGAUCUCUCCACCAGCAGCUUUGCAUUUGGAGCCCAGCAGCCUCAGGCAAAGGGCAGGCAUCUCACCAGCUAGCCCAGAAGAACAGGAGAUGGUCUCCCCUUCCCCACCCUGCCACCCAUCAGCAGUCUCUGAACUGGGUGCAGAUGGGUCUCCCGGAUGCCUUCACCCUGGGAUCCAAAAGCAGGUUCUGGAGAAAACAGGUGGCCAACAAGAAGCUUCAGCCCCUCUGGGCUUGCCAACUGGAGGUCCUUCCCCAGCUUCUGUCACCAAUCCAAAGCCUGGAGUGGGGCUUCCCUGGCCUGAGGAUCACAAGAGCAGGGGCUCUGGGUUGGCAUCACCUUCCCUACCUGACACCUGGGGAGUGAGGAGAGAGGGUCGUGUGGUGCCUGCGCAGCAUCAGGGCACAGGUGCUAGUGACAAACUGGCUUUUCCCUCCAUCCUUGGUGGAUUUAAAGUGCAGAAAACCACCAAAGCUCUUCAAGUGGGUGCAGGAGAGUGGAGAAAUUCCUCUUCCAGUGCCACUCCUGCACACUCUGGCUCUCCUGUGGCCCAGGAGGGAGAAACAGUGUCAAGAGGCCAAAAGCUUCCAGAGCUCUCUGAUUCUGCAUCCAGAAACACCGAGGUACCAGAAGGACAGCAACAGACACAUGCUGAGCUAGGACCUCCCUGGGCAAUGCAGUACUCCCCUGUCAGGAGCUGCCACCUUGUCUUUCGGGAUGGCUCUGGGAUGUUUUCUCUGCCCCUGCACGCUGAUGUGACAACCACCAUCUGGUGCAACUGGACCAUAGUGGCAGGCUCCCAGAAGCACGUUGUCAUCUACAUCCAGGGCUUCCAGGGGAGCGAUGGCUGUGGCAAGAACCAGGACAAGAUAAUCUUUCAGGGGGUCUCAUCAAGUGUGGAAACCAAGGUGGUGUAUGCCUGUCACAACCGAGGAACUCUCGUCUUCGCCGCACAAGCUGCUGCAGUCCAUGUUUUGUUUCUGUCAGGGAGUGGUUCCCCAAGCCAUCAAUAUGAACAUUUUAAAGGACAGUAUUAUGUGUUCAGAGAUUCUGAAACUGUAGGCUCUUCAAAUGAUAUCAUAGCUCCCCAACAACCCUUUCAGGAGGUCUCCAGAAAAGGGAGCCAGAGGACAGCAGUAACAAAAGGUUUAUUGACCAUGCUGAAAGCCUCCUUGGGCCCAUCAGGUGCUCUCUCUGCUGGCAGGAUCCAGCCUGAGCUUGUGAGCCCAGAUGAGGAGGCUCAAGACCCUCCUGAUCUUGUGGUAGAUGCUCAGUCUGGUGCUGACCUGAACAACCUUGACCUGAAUGAAUGUGGUCAGCUGUUGAGUAAAAGAGAGUUGGAAAGGACCCUUAAGGAUGACAGCACCAAGGGCAGAGGAACCAAAGACGGAGUGUUGAUGGAGCCAUCUCCAACUAGGCAAGGCAAUGGGUCUAAAGCUGAGCUGUCUGCUUUGGGGCCUUCCAAGGGGGAUGAGGAGCUGGUGUCUGCUCUGGUCACCAUAGCCCCAUGUUCCUCGGUGGUCAUUCCUUCCUCAGAGAUGCCCAACAGCAACAGAAGUGUCUCUGCCAAAUCAUCUAGCCUGGGUCAGGCCAAGGACGGCCUGUCAGAAGAAGUGGUUGCUGCUGCACACCCCACACAGGCAUCAGUGCUGGAAGAGCCACUGCUAAACACGAGCACAAAACCUUCUCUCUACCCCUCUCCUAAUGUGACUGCUGGAGGUGUGAUGUCUCCAGAAGAAGGGGACAAAGAGCUCUUAGAUCUGUUUUCUGCCCUGGCAUCUCUGGAAAAUGACACAGUAUUGCAAUCCCAACACCACCCUGGAGAUGUGCUGUUUGAAGUAACUACUGAAAUCAAAUCCAAGGACUGGAUUUCUCGUAGUGGAAGUGAUCUCCUUGAAUCUAUGAAGAACCAUAUCCAGGAGAACCUGAAACUUUCUACCAACAGAGUCAAUGAAAUAAAGUUAAAGGAAAUCAAAAGGACCAGUGAUGCCAACCUGCUCCUCACCUUCUGGCUGCACCUGAAGCCGGAGGAGAGAAAUGUGUCUCUGCUCCUGCACUCUCAGCUGCAGGAGCUGCUUGGCACCUCGGCAGGAGUGGAGAAGCUGCAGCUCAUUUCGCUGUAUGUUGAAGAUGUGAACGAGUGCAGGGCUGGGGUCAGCCUCUGUGGGGAGGGGGCAGAGUGCUUCAAUGGUGUGGGCACCUACCUCUGCCGCUGCAAAAAGGAGUAUGAAGAUCAUUCUCCCACCAAGUCUGGCACCCUCUGCAUCCGCCCUCCCCUCUCAGGGAUCAGCAUCUUCCUCCGCCACGCUGACAUGCUGGUGGGGGCAGCCAUUGUGGCUGUGCUGGCCAUGCUGGUGGCUGCCGUGGCCUUGUGCAGGGCCUCCAGGCAGCAGCAGCAUGGCAGGAGGAGCCCAAGCCCUGAGGAGCCGCCGGUGAGGGCUGCAGAGGAGCCAGCCAUGGAGCUGCAUGACCUGGGGCAGUGCCUACACCUCGACCCCUUCCAGCUGAAGCUGCGGGCCAGGCCCCCUGAGUGGCUGUGGGCUGUCCGGGCUCACCCUGACCGGGCGUACCAGGGCUUUCAGGACCAGUCCCCUCCGCUCUGAGCCUGUCCUGAGGCUCUUGUGGCCCUGGUACCUGCUUUCCCUGUCCAACACAAGCUGUGCAAACCCCUUUCUGGUGAGGGCCACAAAUAUCUCACCACAGCCUUCCUCUUCUUGGAAUUCAGUUUUGUUUUAAUACUCAGCUUGGGAAGCAAAGUGCUUGUCCCACACUCCUGUACAUCUUGUCCUGACUUGCCUUCCUCAAGAGUUGUGCAUAACUGUCAGCAAGUCCAAAUUAAACACUUAUGUUAUUUGGUUUUUUUAAGGAAAAAAGGAAAUAAGAUGUUUUGGUGCUUAAUUUAAGGAAUUAAAAAGUAUUCUGCAUCUGUGCUUAGUGCUGCCUGCUUU